AUGAUUUUGAGGUGGAUUAUUAUACUGCUAAUUUUUAUACCACUCUUAUUUGGAAUUGAUAAACGCCUGCAGUCUGUGAAAAAACGUGCUUCCCAAACAGACGAAAAGGAAGAAGAAUCCGAUGAGAAGGGUGAGCAAUUCUCUGAUCGAUUAGUUUUGUUAAAUAAUGAAGGAGAGACGGUUGUCAUUGGGAGUCAAAGGCAGUCACCUGCUACAUAUGACGUCACAGACGAUGAUGUUGAUAAAAUGUCGAGUAAUUCAGAUGAAAUAUUUACAACGCUUUCCGCAGGCGAUGAAUUUACAAAAGAAAAAGUAGUUGAACGAGAUGAAACGGAAAAAACAGACAUUGAAAGGAAAGGGGAUGAAUUAUAUCGCACAGCAAUGCGGUUUCUGGAUAAAGGACGCGCUGCUUCAAAAGAAGCUAAAAGAGCUGCUUAUAGACUUUUAGAUGAAGCUGCUGAACUUAAGCAUAAAGAAGCAAUGAAAUUAGUUGCAUAUGCAUAUUUGUUUGGUGAUUAUACACGAUGGAAUAUUGACGAAGCACGAGCAAUAUUUGAAAAAUUAGGUGAGGAAGGCUCAGCUGAUGCUCAGUUAGCUCUGGGUUUCAUGUAUGCAACUGGUCUGGGUGUUGCAGAAUCUUCUCAAGCAAAGGCAUUAAUAUAUUAUACUUUCUCUGCUUUGGGUGGAAACCCUCUAGCUCAGAUGGCUUUGGGCUAUCGGCAUUGGUCAGGCAUUUCUGUGCAACAAAACUGUGAACGUGCACUUACCUGGUACAGAAAAGUCGCUCAGCGGGUCAAUAAGCUAGUUCGUAUUUCAGGUGGCUCAGCAAUGCAACGAAUACGUUUACCCGACGAACAGGAUAGUGUCAGUACUUCAUCUUCAUCAAGUUCUAUUUUGGAUCCAAACUUGUUAAAUUAUUAUAAGUACUUGGCAGACAAAGGCGAUUUACAAGCACAAGUCGGCUUGGGUCAACUAUAUUUGACUGGUGGACGAGGCGUCGAACAGAACAUGGAGUUAGCUAGCCAAUAUUUUUCAACAGCUGCGCAAGCGGGUAGCACAAAUGCUUAUGCUUAUUUGGGCAAAAUGUAUUUAGAUGGCACAGUAGCUACACCUCAGGAUAAUGCUACAGCAUUUCAGUUCUUCAAAAAAGCGGCAGAUAAGGGAAAUCCAGUUGGACAAAGUGGUCUGGCUAUAAUGUAUAUGUAUGGUAAAGGAGUUAAACAGGAUUAUAACAAGGCUGCAAAAUUAUUCACUUUGGCUGCUGAACAAGGAUGGGUUGAUGGACAAUUGAAUUUAGGGUAUCUAUAUUUCAGAGGACUUGGCGUUAAGAGAGAUUUUAAGUUAGCGAUAAAGUAUUUCCAGUUGGCGUCGCAGUCAGGACAUAUAAAUGCAUAUUAUAAUUUAGCGCAGAUCCAUGCUACAGGAACUGGUGUACCUCGUGAUUGUCAGAGUGCUGUUGAGUUAUAUAAAAAUGUAGCUGAAAGAGGACGUUGGUCAGAGCGUCUUAUGGAAGCAUAUACCAGUUAUCGCAAUGGAAGAGUUGAUGAAAGUGUUUUCAAAUAUCUUUUUAUGGCUGAAUUAGGCUAUGAAGCAGCUCAGACCAAUUUCGCAUAUAUCAUUGACCGUGGUGAAUCAAAUUUGUUUCCAAAUGAGGAAGCAUUACAGCGUGCUUUGCUUCAUUGGCAACGUUCGGCCAAUCAAGGUAAUGCCUAUGCACGCAUAAAAUUGGGAGAUUAUUAUUAUUAUGGUUAUGGUACACCAAUUGAUUAUGAAAUGGCAGCGGUACAGUACAAAAUUGCUAGUGACAGGCAUCAAGCUGCGCAGGCUAUGUUCAAUUUAGGAUAUAUGCAUGAGCAAGGACUUGGAAUCAACAAAGAUAUUCAUUUGGCGAAACGAUUUUAUGAUAUGGCUGCUGAAACCAGUACUGAUGCUUAUAUGCCAGUAAAUUUGGCUCUUUUAAAACUUACUGCUUUAUUUUCAUUAAAUUACUUCAAAGAGAAUUCUUUCGUGACAAUGCUCGAUUAUAUUUUUGGUGCAAACUGGGAUUUAUAUGCGAUAUCGUUAUUUUUCGGCUUAAUAGUUAUUUUAUGGAUGGGCUACAGACGACAGAGAUUCGUUGGACCUGAACCCUAG